AUGCCAAAACCAUUGUCAAUUUUGUGUUUCGGGAACUCUUUAACCGCUGGGUACUUCGCCUGGGGCACGGAAUACCACCCUUAUGAUGAUAAACUGAAGGAGACCUUGAAGUCGAAGAUCCCAGGGCUGAAAGUCAUGACAUAUAUAUCCGGUCUCCCAGGUGACCUCGUUGUAUUUCCCCCAGGGUCAUUCUUAUCCCGGAUGCAAGGAAAAUGCGCCGAAGCCAAAUAUGAUUGGGUUAUUUGUCUCGGUGGGACCAACGAUAUAGGGUAUAGCCAUCCGGCUGACAAGAUAUACGCUGCGCUCCAGGUGUCUUGGAAUGUUGCAUUGGAAUCAGGAGCGAAGGUUCUAGCUUUGACUGUACCUGAGUGCAAAACUCGCUCGGCAAGGCUUGACGGUAGACGAGAUGUACUGAACGCGAGUAUUCUCGCUCACCAGGCGAAGGGAUUUUACGCCUUUGACCUGCGCUCCAAAAUUCCCUAUCAUGAUGCCACUGAAGAAUGGAGGGAAGAGAUGUUCGAUGACGGCCUUCAUAUGACAGCUAAGGGGUAUGACUUCAUGGGCACUGCCAUCGCAGAGCACCUUGCGGAUUUGAUUAUAGCAGAGGAGACGCUGGAUGAGCAAACAUAA